GCCGUGCCAUGCCAGGCCCUUUUACAUCCGGUCCGGGCGGGGCCAUGUGUCCAGGUCUGCUCUAGCCCAGUCAAGCCUUCCGCCGAAGCCCAUCCAUAAAGAUAGACUGACCAAGAUUCAGACAUAGUCAGGCGCAGGCGUCAGCAGAAGCAGAGCAACAGGCGAUGGCCGGCGGUAGCCUGGACCUCCCCGUGGUUGACCUCGCGUCCCCCGACCUCAAAUCCGCCGUGGACGCCGUCCGGAAGGCAUGCGUGGAGAGCGGGUUCUUCUACGUCACCAACCACGGGAUCCAGGACGGCCUGCUGGAGGCGUUGUUCGCCGAGAGCAAGAAGUUCUUCGAGCUGCCGCUGGAGGAGAAGAUGCUGCUGCAGAGGAACAGCGCUCACCGGGGCUACACCGCGCCCUACGCCGAGAAGCUCGACGCGUCGUCGGAAUUCCAGGGAGACCUCAAGGAGAGUUUCUACAUUGGGGCGGUCGGGGAUGUAGAUAUGCCGAAUGAUCCUAACCAAUGGCCUCCUAAAGAGCGAUUUCCAUCUUGGAAGGAUACAAUGAAGCUGUACCAUGCAGCUGCACUGGCUGCUGGCAAAAGGAUACUCUCUCUAAUUGCUCUGAGUCUGGACCUAGAAGCUGAAUUCUUUCAGAACAUCGGUGCAGUCGACUGCUCUUCAGAAGUUAUUCGGCUAUUGCACUACCCAGGUGAAGUAAACGAGUCUGAUAAUGGAAAUUAUGGUGCAUCAGCUCAUUCAGAUUAUGGAAUGAUAACUCUUCUAGCAACAGAUGGCACUCCUGGCUUGCAGAUAUGCAGGGAGAAGGAUAGGCAUCCCCAGCUCUGGGAAGAUGUUCGUCAUGUUGAUGGGACCCUUAUUGUUAACAUUGGCGAUUUGCUAGAAAGGUGGACGAAUUGUGUUUUCAGAUCUACACUUCAUCGGGUUGUUGCAGUUGGCAGAGAGCGAUAUUCUGCGGCUUACUUUCUGGACCCAAGACCCGAUCUAGUGGUGCAGUGCUUGGAAAGCUGUUGCUGCGACGCAUGUCCUCCAAGGUUUCCACCUAUCACGGCGGGUGACUAUCUGAAAGAACGAUUAAGCGCCACAUACAAAUAACUAGCGGGAUUUCAACGUGUAGUUGUCUGGUAAGAUAUGUUAGAACUACACACCUGUAUCUGAAGACAGAGUUGUAUUUCCUGUAAAAUUGCAAUGCGUAUUAUGACUGUAAACAUAGUUGUAUUUCAGUACAGCUGUAACGGUUCUAGUGCAUAUACUUGACUAAUCUGUAUCGUCAUAAUAUGGUCUCACAGAAAUAAACAAACGGUGCAUAUCCUCCGUUUA